AUGGACGACUUGCUCGGCGGCCUCAAUGACGCACAGAAGAGUGCCGUCUCGAGCCCAGCCUCCGUUCUCCAGGUCCUCGCGCCCCCCGGAUCUGGCAAAACGAAAACUCUCACCGCGCGCGUCGCCUAUCUCACCUCGUGUUGCGGGAUCAAGCCAUGGAAUAUUAUCGUGUGCACCUUCACCAUCAAAGCCGCCCGCGAGAUGAAAGAGCGCAUUCGCGCUCUCGUCGGCGACGGCGUUGAGGCGAAACUCGUCCUCGGCACUUUCCACUCCGUCGCCCGCCGCUUCCUCUGCUUCUACGGCCACCAUAUCGGUAUCGACAAGAACUUUGGCAUCGCAGACACUUCUGACACCACUGCAAUCAUCAAGCGCAUCAUCAAACGUCGCGGCUAUGGUGUCGAACCAUCUGCGGCCCGGUCUCGCAUUUCCGGACUCAAGGCCCGGAGCACCAGCUGCGAUCAGUACGCUGCGACCCAGAAAUCUGCAGAACAGCAAGAAUUCGCUGCCAUCUACUCGGAAUACGAGGAGACCCUCAAAGCAUCCAACCUCUUGGACUAUGAUGACCUGCUUCUGCGUUGCGUCGACCUUUUACACAAACGCCCCGAAUGCGUGUCGAAUAUUCAGGCUGUGCUCAUUGACGAGUUUCAAGACACGAACCACGUGCAGUACGAGCUCAUGCGCCUUAUGGCACAGUACCAGAAGAGUAUCACCGUUGUCGGUGACCCCGACCAGAGCAUCUAUGGCUUUCGCUCGGCAGAGAUCAAGAACCUCAAGACAAUGCAGAAAGACUACCCGGAAACCGUCGUCUCCAUCCUGCAGGAGAACUAUCGGUCUGGUGGUGCCAUUCUCCAAUCCGCUCAGCAGGUCAUCGAACAAGACCAAAGCCGGCCAGCAAAGGCGCUCUUUGCGACGCACUGUAUCGGUGAGAUUCCCGUCUUGCGUCGCUUGCCUUCCGCAGCAGUCGAAGCCUCGUGGAUCGUUGCCGAGAUCCAACGCUCUCGAGAAUUGACGGGCAAGCUCCUCAAUCAUUCCGACUACGCAAUCUUGCUUCGUUCCGCUGCUCUGUCCCGCCAUAUCGAGGCCGCCCUCGCCAAGGCAGGCAUUCCGUAUCGCAUGGUCGGAGGCUUACGUUUCUUUGAUCGCAUCGAGGUCAAGCUUCUCCUGGAUUAUCUCCGCGUCAUCAACCGACCUGAUCACAACGAUGCCCUUGCUCGCAUUAUCAACACUCCGUCACGUAGGAUUGGCGAUGUAACCAUCCGAGGACUGCUGGAGGAAGCGGAAGAGAGAAAAGCUUCAUUGUGGAGUGUCAUCCUUGGAGCAGCUCAGGGUAACAGGAAACCGAAGACGAAACUUACAACUCAAGCGGAGAAAGGCAUCUCAGAAUUUGUAAACGUCAUUCUAACAUCACAAAAGAAAAUGGCGGCCACAGGAACGGCCAAGUGCACUCUCUUGGAACUCAUCUCGCACGUCAUGAAGAAGCUAUCCUUUCAAGAAUAUCUCCAAAAAUCUCACCCUGAAGAUUUCGAUGGGAGAUGGGCCAACGUUCAAGAGUUGAUCGCUCAAGCUACGGAUGCUUCAGCAGCAGCAGAAACAGAAGAUAUCAGGCUGAAUGAGGAGGCUUUGCCGAUAGUCGAAGGCGUAGAGCAACGCGAGCUGUCAAGCGCCGAGGACGAGCUUGCUAGAUUCUUGGCUAAUGUCGCCCUGUCCACUGAAGUCCAGCAGGAGGAAGGUGCGACCACCGAGCAAGUCACCAUAUCUACUAUCCAUGCGGCGAAAGGCCUCGAAUGGCCCGCCGUUUUCAUUCCAGCUGCGUACGAGGGGUCAAUACCGCAUUCGAGGGCGGAAGACCACGACGAAGAGAGGCGGCUGCUUUACGUGGGGAUGACCAGGGCGCAAUCGCUCCUGUACUUAAGCUGCCCUGUCAAAAACUCCCAGAAGGAGAGCACGACGCUUUCGCCAUUCGUUUCCGACCCCAGCAUGGACAACUUUUUCAUCAAACAAGGUCCAAAGUUCCGGUAUAGCCUUACGCAGGACCUCGCUCGUAUUCUGCGCAGAGAAUGCCCUCACGAGUCGGAGUGUAGGAAAGGCUGUGAACUCGUCGAGCGCACCGAAGACGACUACUGGCCGUUGGAUGGCGACGAUGUGGACCCUGAGGCCAAGUCCUGGGAUUUCUUCAACACCCGAAGCACUGCAUCAUCCGAAGAGCCCAGCUCCAAGCGCCGACGCCCCAACGACUUCGUUCCCGUAUCCCUGGCCGGAAGCAAUGUUUCUGUAACAAUGGACCAAGCCACAUCAUUUUCGAUCUCGAACACCACGGUCCCCGCAUCCACCGCCGGAUUUAUGAGCGCCGGCGCACGGAUGCGCGAGAUGGAGGGAUCCGCCGAAGAAGCCAAAGCGCAGCAGCGCGCGGAGAAAUUGCUCGUUCGCGAGCACGCUAUGGCCCGCAGCAGGGACGCGGUACGAGCGCGCGAGCACGACGACAAGCCGGCCGUCAACAAGGGCGGUAAGGCAGCGAAGCUACCUCCCGGGCAAGGAAGCAUCACGAGCUUCUUCGGCAGGCCGACGACCGGCCGCAAGCCCGAGACUUGUCCAGACGAGCAGGUGCGCGGCGCGAUAAACUUCGUGCGUGAAAAGAAGCUCAAGAGCGUCAGCGCCGCCAUGCCUCAUGCAGCAGCGGGAGUGGCUGCAGCAGCAGCCCUACGCCGCCAUCAGCCUCCCCCGCAAAAAGGUCAGCAGCGACAGCCCACCGCCGCCGCCGCUCCCCUGAUGAAGCGCAGCCUUACGGCGCCAUCAUCGUCCGCCUCAUCCCUGGCCCCACCACCACCGCCGCCGCCGCCGCCGCUCGAGGAAAUCGAGAACGCGAGAGACCGCCAGCGCGUCCCGCCCGCGACAGCCCUGCCAAGAAACGUCGCAGCUCCUUCUUUUCCUUCUUCCGGCUUCUCGGCCGUUCCUCCGAGCGCUGUCACUGGAGGAGGUGCAGGGCAAGGGGGGCACAGACUGCGCACGGCUCCCGUGCCCGGACGGCCGGUGCGCAAGCAAUACGAGGAUGAAGAAGACGACGACAGGGUUGCUGCUGCUGAAAUAGAACGGCCGUUCGAGGGAAAAAAGAGCGAGGGGAGGAGGCGGAAACCGUAUUCUUUCAUGUCGAGCUCGCCGCCGCUUCCCGAGUCGGACGACGACGAUGGGAAAGACGAAAGUGCCGGCGAGGACGUUGCUGCGGUGGCGAUGACGGUGGCAGUUGAUGAUGAUGAUGAUGUCGUGCCUGCGACUACGUUGCAUAAUACGUCGAUGGCGAGGCUGGCGGGUGGGAAUACUGGGCCGGUGCGGAAGAAGACGUUGGGGAUGAGGAGGAGCGUGCAGGGGUGGGGUGCUGAGGGCGUGAAUAAGCCUUUCUCGGCGCCGGCGAGGAGAAGGACGUGA